GACGUUCAUAUAGAGGUGGGCUCUGUUUAAAAACUGGCGGCCGGUUGCAGCUCUCUUGAGCCGUGAGAGGAAGAAGAUUGACGUAUUGUACCACCGGAACCAAGUGGCUGAGGGUGCACGUUGGGUACACUAUACAGAUAGUACAGCUACACGCUGACCCUUACGCGCGGGUUCUCUUCUUUUUUGUCACUGCUCUCUCUUCAGCUCACGCCACCAUGGAACAGCUCGUGGCCGGUCGCCUCAUGAUCGGGCUGACGGUCAAAAUCCUGCGGAGUAAUGGGGUGAUGCACAGUGCGUACAUCACGUCUGUGAACAUGGAGCGGUCAUCUGUCAAUGUGGAAUGGAAAGAAGGUGAAACAAACAAGGGGAAAGAGAUAUCCUUUGCCGAUAUGAUCUCUGCGAACCCAGAGCUGCAUGAAGCUGUUCUUUCUGCUCCAAAUUUAAAGGAAAACAUGCCCCCUCAAAGAAAUCUAUUGGCACAGAAUUCAAAGCGGAGAACGAUUUCAAAAAUCCCUGCUCCUAAAGAAGUGCCAGCAUCCAAUACUGUUGUAGCAGAAUGUGCUUCACAGCAAGUAUUGCGUGGGCGCUCUACUAAAAUGACCGCUAUCCACGAGACCCUGCCACCUGAAAACGACAUGGAGGUGGAAUCCGCAGCGCCUGCUCCUGUUGUACAACAGCAAUCGGUCCCAGCUGUUCGGUCCAGAUCCACAAAACUGAGCUCUCUUGGUGAAUGCAGAGUUUUGCCUCGAAUGAGUGAAAUAUCUGAGGAGUCUGCAGCGUCUAAUGCCAGGAAUAAUCAAGCCAGAAGAAAAUCGAAUAUUGUUAAAGAAAUGGAGAAAAUGAAAAACAAACGGCAAGAGCAGAGAGCCCAAAAUAGCGAGAUGAGAAUAAAGCGGACGCAGGACUGCGACAAAAAUGUCCCAAACUGGGAGUUUGGGAAAAUGAUCAGGGAGUUUCGAGCAACAAUGGAUUGUCAGAGAAUCAGCAUGACUGAUAUGGCUGAUGAGCACCGGAUCUGUGUCUGCGUCCGAAAACGUCCCCUCAACAAGCAGGAGCUUACAAGGAAGGAGUUUGAUAUAAUAUCUGUUCCGAGCAAACAUAUCGUCCUAGUGCACGAGCCGAAGCUAAAGGUAGACCUGACAAAGUAUUUGGAGAACCAAGCAUUCCGGUUUGAUUAUUCAUUUGAUGAGAGUGCCACAAAUGACGUGGUGUACAGAUUUACAGCAAGACCGUUGGUUCAGUCAAUAUUUGAAGGUGGAAAAGCAACUUGUUUUGCUUAUGGCCAGACUGGAAGUGGUAAAACACAUACCAUGGGUGGGGACUUCACAGGCAAAAGCCAGAAUGUUUCCAAGGGUGUCUAUGCAUUUGCAGCUCGAGAUGUCUUCCUCCUUGUGACGCAGCCUCGUUACAGAAACUUAGACCUAGAGGUGUUUGUGACUUUCUUUGAGAUCUAUAAUGGGAAGGUUUUUGAUCUAUUAAAUAAGAAGGCAAAGUUGCGUGUAUUGGAAGAUGCAAAACAGGAGGUCCAGGUUGUGGGGUUAUUGGAGAAAGAGGUCACUUCUCCAGAAGAUGUCUUUAAAAUGAUUGAAAUCGGAAGUGCAUGCAGGACCUCUGGGCAGACGUUUGCCAAUUCCAGCUCUUCUCGUUCACACGCCUGUCUGCAGAUCAUUUUACGUCGAAGAGGGAAACUUCAUGGCAAGUUCUCGUUGGUAGAUCUGGCAGGGAAUGAGCGAGGGGCUGAUACAUCCAGUGCUGACCGUACAACACGCAUGGAAGGAGCAGAGAUCAAUAGGAGUUUGCUUGCCUUAAAGGAGUGUAUCCGUGCACUGGGGCAAAACAAAUCUCACACUCCUUUCCGGGAAAGUAAACUUACUCAGAUACUGAGGGAUUCCUUUAUAGGAGAGAACUCUAGAACCUGCAUGAUUGCAAUGGUUUCCCCUGGAUUCAACUCCUGCGAGUAUACACUCAACACAUUAAGAUAUGCUGACAGGGUUAAGGAAUUAAGUCCACAAAAUACAGAAAGUAAUGAAAACAACCACCAGAUGGAGACAGAGGAGUGCGAUGGAUCUAACUCCUCAAUAGGACUGCUGCAGCUGGAAGACGAAGAUGAUGUCUUGAUAAAGGAUGAAGAGCUGUCCUCGCAAAUGAACAGUUUCCAGGAAGCAAUGAGUCGCAUUGGUGAACUGGAGGAGAAGGCGGUUGAGGAGCUGAGGGAGCUGGUGCAGAAGGAACCAGAAUGGUCAGAUUUGUUGGAAAUUACAGAGCAGCCAGACUAUGAUCUGGAGAAAUUUGUGAUUCAAGCAGAAUAUCUCAUCCAGGAGCGUUCUAGGGUUCUGAUCGCUCUGGGAGAGAGUGUGAAUUCCUUGCGCCUUGCCAUGCAGAUGGAAGAACAGGCCAGCAAGCAAAUAUCAGACAAGAGAAGGCCAAAUAAAUGAAACUACGGUGAACUGUUUCAGCUUGUAAUGUGACGCCUCUUUAUAAAUAGUUUCUAUGUUGCCAUUUUUUUAAGGUUUUGUCUUUACUGUCUAUCGAGUCUUGUAUUUGUUCAUGUUGGAGUAUGAUGUAUAUAUGGAACAAGCUGUUAACCAGGAAAGUUUAGCCCACUUUAAGAGCUUAGACCCUCAUCUAUAUGUGCCUUUCAGAGCUGCUGAUCUUGCUCUGCAGUUUUUAUCCACUAAGGGGCAGCGCAACUUGUUCAGGUUGUGUGUCCUUCAUGAAAUCUAGGAACGAAUGUGGUGUUAUGUACAGUAUACAGUUUUUAUAGAAGAUGGUGAGUUCUAUCCACAAAAAGCACUGGCUAUUAUCAAUUUUAUGUAAUGACUUAUCAAUAAACAGCCUUUAAUAUUA